AUGACGACCGUCCAACACCAGCCCGUCGCCAACCGGCCACCGUCGCCUUCGCCGUCCCAGCUCCCGCCCGUGCCCGCCUCACCAACCUACUCGUACGCGUCAACCGCGAACCAGGCCUCGGCAAACAUGAACAUCUCGAGCUUCAACCUGCCACUGCCCCCGCCACCCCCGGCAGUGCAAGCCGUCCUUACAAAGGCAGACCUCGCCGCCAGCCAGAAGUCAUAUGCCGACCUGCUCUCCACCGCAAAGACAUACCGCUUAGCCCUCGCCGCCCUGUCCAACGCCGCCUCCUCCUUCGGCUCAGCCCUGGAGUCGUGCGCCCGCCUGAAGGAAGCCACCUCCGACUCGAUACAUCUGGGCAACGCCCCGACCACCGCCGUGACCUCCAACAGCGGCUGCACGGCGGACAGUCUGCUGGCCGCCGCGGGUGUGCACCACCUCAUCGCCAACCACGAGCACAUCCUGUCCGAGACGGUAUACAGGAGCUUCGAGGUGCCGCUCCUCCACGAGCUGGACAAGUGGCGGCGGGAUGUUGAGGACGAGGAGGCCAGUUACCUGGCGGCGGUCAAGCGCCAGUCGCAGGAGAUCCGCCGCCUCGAGAAGGAGGGCAUGAAGCUGCACCGCCAGCGCGGGCCCAGGGAUGUCUCCAAGUUCCGCGGCCACCUCGUCGAGCUGACCACUAAGCUGGACGGCCUGACUAGCAUGCACGCCGAACACAGCCGCACCCUGCUGCGCGAGAGCCAGGACACGAGCGUCAAGAUCCUGGAGUCGAGCUGCAGCCUCGUCCGGGCCGAGGUCGACAUAUUCGAGUCCCUCGCGCGCAAGGGCUGGUCCGGUGGCGGGUUGGACGAGCUAUUGGAGAAGGGCACCGACCUCUUCGCCGCCGAACCAGCCGCUGCUGAGGCCGAGGCCGACACGAGCAAGCUGUUCAGCAUCCUGCCGCCCAAGAGCAUCCUUGCCGACACAGCGUCCGACUCGGGCAUGGGGCUGGCGAGGGCGAUGGGCGGCGUUGGCGGCCGGAAGGGUCACGAGAGGGCAGACAGCCUCGGUGUCGUGUCCGAACCGUACCAGAGUCUGGCCGGCGCGGUCACCAGCCCCGACUUCAUGGCGGUGCCCGAUACCGACAACAUCAGCAUCUUCUCGGCCGAUUUUGCCAGCAACGGCAGGCCAAGGAUGACGCGGCCAUUCUCGCCGCAGCCGGUGAGGGUCAACCCGGAGGAGGUGAUGGGCGGCACCGACGACCAGUUUCAGGCCGGCGCCGAUUCAAACGUGACGAGUGACGACGACGGGCCACCAUCACCUGCCACGAUACGCAACGGCGGGAGGUCCGCGUCUGCCGACGGCUUCCGCAUGCGCUCCUCGCACGCGGAUCUGUCGCUGCCCAUGAGCGGCGACGAGGACGAACACCCCUGGGGCAGCAAGAGGAUUUCGUCGGCCGCGUCGGACCCAGACGAGAGGGAACGGAGGUGGAAUGCUGCGGACGACGGGAUGGAAUAG